GCAUGCGCAGUCGAGCUUCUGUCUCAUGUGUGGUUCGACUCCGGUGGAGGUCACAGGCAUCAGCAAAAAACACAGGUCGCUGUCAUGGCCAAACUGUUUGAGAGCAUUGGGAAGUUGGGUUUGGCCUUGGCCAUUGGAGGAGGAGUUGUGAACUCUGCCUUGUAUAAUGUUGACGCCGGGCAUAGAGCUGUUAUAUUUGACCGGUUCCGGGGGGUCCAGGAGAUCGUUGUCGGUGAAGGAACCCACUUCGUCAUCCCUUGGGUUCAAAAGCCAAUUAUCUUCGAUUGUCGUUCCCGCCCACGCAAUGUGCCAGUCAUCACUGGCAGCAAAGAUCUGCAAAAUGUAAACAUCACGUUGCGUAUUCUGUUCCGACCGGUGACCAAUCAGCUCCCACGCAUCUUCAUGAGCAUCGGCGAAGACUAUGAUGAGAGAGUGCUGCCGUCCAUCACCACAGAGGUCUUAAAAUCCGUUGUGGCCCGGUUUGACGCUGGCGAGCUCAUCACACAGAGAGAGCUGGUGUCUAGACAAGUCAGCGAGGAUCUGACCGAAAGAGCAUCGACUUUUGGGCUCAUUCUGGACGAUGUCUCGUUGACCCAUCUCACUUUCGGAAGAGAGUUUACAGAGGCUGUUGAAAUGAAGCAAGUGGCUCAACAAGAAGCUGAGACGGCCAGAUUCGUCGUAGAAAAGGCUGAACAACAGAAGCAGGCCUCAAUCAUCUCCGCUGAGGGAGAUUCCCAGGCUGCUUUGCUCAUCGCUAACUCCCUGAUGGAGGCUGGAGAUGGUUUGGUGGAGCUGCGUAAACUCGAGGCUGCAGAGGACAUUGCGUUCCAACUGUCCCGCUCUCGAAACGUUACCUACCUACCCUCAGGACAAGGCACGUUACUCCAGUUGCCCCAGUGAUAACUUCAGCUGAUAACUUCUGUUGACUUUCCAAACUCCACACGCCCCUCGCUCUCUCUCUCUCCACCCACUUUUGGACUCUGUUAAUGCAGCAUCGAUGGGGAGAGUGCGAGGAGGGCUGCAGUGGCCCUGUUUGAGAAAGAAGAGGAAUAUACGAUGUAAUCUAUAUGUAAUGCUUCAUGGUAAACUGUCUAGAUUCGAAAUAAUUAAAUGAUGAUCAUAAUGACUCCUUCAGUUCACUGCUAUAUGUCAUGUUUUGCUCCAGUUCAAUAAAAAAUGUGUGCUUCAAUUUGGGUUUAAAAGGAGAUUACAGGCACUUAAUAUGAUCUAGAUUUACCAUACAGUUUGAAGGCUGUUUGCUUUAUAUUCAUGUUCUAAUAGCUCAAAUAAAAUGUGUUUCUACAUG